AUGAACAUACUCGUGCUGGGAUCAGGAGGUCGUGAGCAUGCUCUAGCUCUGCAACUAGCUGCAUCACCCUCUGUAUCUAAAGUAUACGUCGCUCCAGGCAACGGAGGAACUCAUUCAAGUGGCUCCAAGAUACAUAAUGUCACUGUCAACAUUCACGGAAAAGACUUUUCAGCUCUCGCUCCAUUCCUAUCACAGCAUGAUAUUGGAUUACUGGUACCUGGUCCUGAAGAGCCAUUGGUGAAUGGUGUUGCUGAGGCUGCCAAAAAGUUGGGCAUUCCAUGCUUUGGACCAUCUUCUAAUGCUGCUAGGAUUGAAGGCUCAAAAGCUUGGUCAAAGGACUUUAUGAAGAGACAUUCAAUCCCAACUGCUGAAUACAAGACCUUCACUUCGUACGACGAUGCUGUAUCGUUCGUUAAGAGCUUCAAAGGUGCUUUGGUCAUCAAGGCAUCUGGACUAGCAGCUGGCAAAGGCGUCAUGCUCCCACAAACAAAGGACGAAGCCAUCAAAGUCCUCAAAGACCUGAUGGUCGACCGCAUAUUCGGCGACGCGGGCUCCGAAGUCGUAAUCGAAGAAUGCCUAUCCGGCGAAGAAGUAUCCCUCCUCGCAAUCACGGACGGAUACACGGUCGUCACCCUCCCACCAUGUCAAGACCAUAAACGGGUCUUUGACGGCGAUAAAGGACCUAAUACUGGUGGUAUGGGUGCUUAUGCACCUGCUCCCAUCAUGACACCCAAGCUUUUGGCACAGGCUGUGAAAACCAUUUUGCAGCCUGCUGUCGAUGGCAUGAGAAAAGAGGGCUUCCCAUUCGUAGGAUGCUUGUAUGCUGGAUUGAUGUUGACAUCGUCUGGGUUACAAGUUAUAGAGUUUAAUGCUAGAUUUGGAGAUCCUGAAACUCAAGUCAUUAUGCCAUUGUUGAGCAAGGAAACGGAUCUGGCGCAAGUCUUCUUGGCUGCUGCUGAAGGACGAUUGGAUUCAGUCGACAUCGAAUUUGCAAAGGACACGUUUGCUGCUACAGUCGUAUUAGCAGCACCAGGAUAUCCAGGCAACUAUCCAAAAGGAAAGGCAAUCACUCUCAAGAGUACAACACCAGCUGAUGUCCAUAUCUACCAUGCUGGAACUACCUCUGAAGGAAAGAAACUCGUUACGUCUGGUGGUCGAGUCUUGGCAGUAUCUGCUGUCGGUGCUACUUUACAGGAUGCUCUCAAAUUGUCUUAUGCCACCAUCAAGGGUAUUCACUUUGAGGGAAUGCAAUACCGUAGUGAUAUUGGUCAUCGGGCCAUUGCACAUCUGUCUUCCAAAAAAGCCAACGGAGGUGCUACAUACGAAGAUGCCGGUGUCAGUAUUGACUCGGGUAACUUGCUCGUAGACAAGAUCAAAGCCGUAGUCAAGGCUACUCGACGAUCAGGAGCCGAUGCAGAUAUAGGUGGUUUUGGAGGUGUAUUCGAUCUCAAAGCAGCAGGAUUCCGAGAUCCCAUACUUGUAUCAGGCACAGACGGUGUCGGUACAAAGCUCAAAGUAGCCCAAGCAAUCAACAAACACGAUACCAUCGGUAUAGAUCUCGUAGCGAUGUCUGUAAACGAUGUCAUCGUCCAAGGAGCUGAACCACUAUUCUUUUUGGAUUAUUACGCAUGCUCCAAACUCGAAGUCGAAGUAUGUAAAGAUGUUGUGACUGGAGUAGCUUCGGCAUGUAUGGAAUCCGGAUGUGCAUUGAUUGGUGGUGAGACUGCCGAAAUGCCUGGAUUAUAUGAACCUGGUGAUUACGACUUAGCUGGAUUCGUAGUCGCUGCCGUCGAGCGAGAGCAACUUCUACCCAGAUUCGACUUGAUUACUCCUGGAGAUGCACUUUUAGGUAUCCCAUCAUCUGGAGUACACUCCAAUGGAUUCUCACUAGUGAGAUACCUGGUCGAGAAAUCCGGAUUGGAGUAUACGUCACCAUCGCCAUUCGAUACACCGACCAAAAAAAGUGGUUCUGUAUCGAUAGGUGAAGCAUUUUUAGAGCCUACCAAGCUGUAUGUAAAGCCAUUAUUGCCUAUCGUCAAGAAGGGCUUGGUAAAGUCUAUGGCGCAUAUCACUGGUGGAGGAUUUACGGAUAACGUACCACGAGCACUACCUGAUCAUUUGGGUGUAGUGAUUGAUGCCAAGAGCUUCCCAUUGUUGCCAGUGUUCAAGUGGAUGAAGGGGGUUGGAAAUGUUGCUGAUGAGGAAAUGGCACGAACAUUCAACUGUGGAAUUGGUAUGGUUAUAGUCCUAAAUCAAUCCAACGUUGCUGAAGUCAAAGCUAUGCUUCAAGCAGUCGGUGAGACCGUUUAUGAGAUUGGAAUGGUUGUGGACUUGAAGGCGAAUGGUGGAAACCCUGUCAAGAUGCUCAAUAUGGAUGUGUGGUCAAAGUAG